UGGCGCAGUGGAGGCGGUUUACAACCAAAUAGACGAAUACAGUGAUUUACAGAUAGCUGGAAACCGAGCCAGUCUGAUGACUAAUCGGCUUCAAAACUACUAAUAAUUACUCAUACUGUUUUUUUUUUUUUUUUGGUCCUGCUGUAUGGCCUGUUAUCUGAGCUCUACAGUGAUACACUUGACCUUAAUAAAGUCUGAGGAAGUAAAUUGAGGAAACGAAAAUGAGGAAAUUCUUCAUCAAAGAUAUUCUGAGAAUAGUUUUUAAAAUCCCCAUCAAGGAAACCUAACUGUGACUACAAAUGCACGAAUAUUUAAUAAGGUAAUCGCCGAGUCAGUUUUCUGAUUUGUUGUCUGUUGCUCACCAAUUGGCCGAUACAUUUUAGCAACCACGUCGAAUACUGUGUACACCUUUAGCAUCUUAAUUCGCGGUUAAAUUAUGACUACAGGUUAAAAGCGGCGGGAACGUAUUGGUGGCCUAAUAGGCAUUUACCCGUGAAUUAAAACCGUUACCACAGGGUUGUAAGUAUAUGUUACUAUCAAAAGCUCUGCUUUAAAUAUUGUAACGCAAGAAUGAAGCGAUACCUGCAUCACCUGAGCGCUGGGUACACCGUGUACGUAAUGGGUGAGGGGCGGGGCUUAUGAGAUCUCCCAAGCAGUACACUCAGGAGCUAGAGCGACGCACGGCAGACAUCCAGCGGGCUAGACCGAGAGAACGAAUAUACUUUUCGUCCUGGUUGCUUUCACUGAGAAUGUCUUUGGGUGACCAGCAGUGGUAUCCCACUAGCGUUCAGGUAACGGUACUCAAAGCGCGAAACCUGCGGAUUAAGGGCAAGAAUGGCACGAACGACGCCUAUGCCAUCAUGCAGGUGGGCAAGGACAAGUUUUCCACCUCGGUAGCGGAGAAAUGCGUCUCGCCCGAAUGGAAGGAGGAGGCGACCUUCGAUCUGCCGCUGAACUAUCAGGGGGACGCGGAGCGGUGCACGCUCUACAUCAUCGCCAUGCACAGAGCCCUGGUGGGGCUGGACAAGUUUUUGGGACAGGCUGUCAUCAACUUAGUGGAUCUCCACGCCAACAGAUCACGCAAAAAAACCGACUGGUACAAGCUUGUGGAUAAGAACGGGAAACAGGAGAAGGACCGAGGGGAAGUUCUUUUGGACAUUCAGUUCAUGCGGAAUAACCUGACAGCCAGCAUGUUUGACCUCUCCAUGGCAGACAAACCUCGCUCUGGCAUUGGCAAACUCAAGGAUAAAAUUCGUGGUAAGAAGAAGGAAGGCCUGUCAGAUUCUGCCUCUGCGAUCGUGCCCUCUUCAGUGGGAAUGGACAGUGAAGAGGAAGGAGAGGGCGGUUCAGACAAUCCAAAGAAGAAAUCAAAAUUCAAAUCCUUGUUUGGACCAAAGACAAACCUCCACAGGAAUGUGUCCCAGUCGAUGUCAACCCUGGGCACCCUGCCUGAGAAGAACAGUUCACUCAGCAGCAGCAGAUCAUCUGGCCUUAAUGUGGACUCUCCUGAUGUGAAAAAGAAGUUUAAAAUACUUGGACACAAGCGCACCGAGAGCUCCGAUAGCAAAGUGUCUCUUGGCCCGUUUUCUCUUCUGAGCCGCUCUAAGCAAAACAUCCAGGAGCAGAAUAACCUCUGUAUCAACGGCAGCCAUGUUUAUGAAGAGGAGCAAGAACCUAAAGCUAAUUUUGGCUCCACACUCAGUCUGAACAGCUCAGGAAAGGGUUCAGUAGAGGAUGUUCGUAAAUACCACCAACGAAACACAUCCGACAUCUCCAUCGACUCACUGAAAGGCCUGAGUAUCCCCUCAUACAAACCUGAAGUGCAAGACAAAGCUUCUCUUGUCCCACAGCGCCCUCUAGAGGACAGGAGUCAUGUAGAGGUGGAGGAGAAGGGUAAGAAACACGGAGGAAGAAGCCUGCAAGAGGUGCUGGACCGACAGGAAGAACAAGAGCAGAGGAGGCAACAGGAACGAGAGAGAAAACAAGAGGAAGAGAGGAAAAGCAGACUUGAAGAGCAGGAGAGGAAGCGCAAGGAAGAGGAAGAGCUGCAGAGGAAGCGGCGUGAGGAGGAGACGCAGCGAGCUGAGGAGCAGCUGCACCAGGAGGAGACCAGAGUGACCGAACGACUCUCUUCUCUCUUUGGCAUUGGAAAGAAGAAGGAGGAGAAGAGAGAGGAAGCUUUGAAUGAACCCAAACAUCUGGAUGUGCCAGCCUCUACAAAACCAUUCGAAGACAUUCCCCUCACCCCUGAUACUCCGUCUUCUAUCCCAGAAGAGAGGUCCACGGACCCACGGAGGAGUGUCAGGGCCACCCUAACCCCCACGCCACCCGCUAGUGCUUUCCCCAACCGCACCCCAAAAGUGUCCGCGGUCAAGCCAAGAUUGGCUCUGAGUGUACUGCCUGAAACCGAUAAUAGCCAUUUCCAAUCCCCCUCAGACUCUAUAUACACACAGACCACUUCUCACCUUUCCCCAUCCCUCUCUACUGAUCCGUUUAAGUCUUUUGAUAUGUUUUCUGAUCUUCAUUUUUCUCUGGCACCUGCUAAACCUCCGAGAACUUUCAGUGAGUCCAGCAUGGAAAACCUCUCAGCUUCCAAAUCUGACAAGAAGCGAAAGGCUCCUCUUCCCCCUGGUCAUCUAGGGGGCUCAUCUAAGUCUGAAGACAAUCCUGAUAAUGGGGGACAAGUGCAUACCCAAAACUCCAAAGAUAGGCCUGUUCUUCCUCUCCCAGACUAUGAAACCCUCUUUCCUAAGAAGAGGCAUGGGGUGAUGGGUCAAACACGUUGGGACCAUCUUGUUGCAGAGGUAAACCAAAGAAACUGGGAUUUCUCAGAAGAAAUGAGUGUAGAUGGACAUGAGAGGCUGAUGCCAAAUAAAUCUGCAAUCUUAAAAAACAGAACCUCUGUGAACCUUAACCAGCACCCAAAUAAUCAUGAGGCAACUCUCUCUGCCCCCGCAAGACACAAAGAGGCACUCCUUCCACCCAGAGCUCCUGUGACCCCAGAACCAUCGGUCGAGACUAAUGUCCAAUAUGGUCAUAUCAAAGAGUCUUUAUAUGCCACUGUCAAUAAGCCUAGACACUCUGCUUCCAAGAACUUGGAAAACAAUCCACCUCCAGCUGUCCAUAGUAGACAUGUACCUCAGGAGAUUGAAAGGAAGUCUCUGACUCCGGAUGCCCUUAACCAUCAACUCUCCCAGUCAAAAGAGAAGCCUACACCAGCUGCCAGAUCCAUACAAAGUAUUAAUUCAACGAUUGAUGGUGUGGUUCAAGAGAUGCCUGUUGUCAAACCCAGACAAGAGUCAUUAGUAAAGGACCCAGUCAGACAAGUCCAACCAGACAAGCAGGCAACCAAUCAACCCCUGACAUCAGAAAACAACAAAACUGAGAAACAGCACAAGGGCCAAAAUAGAAGCAUUUCCACAGAUGGGUUUGUUGAUGUAGACCUCCUCAAAGCUGCUGAAAGUCCAGAAGAACUGCAUUUGGGGAAACCGGCUUAUGAAUUUGAGGGGAGGGGAAUGAUUGCUCUUGACCCAUUUCCAAGUGAUAACCUGCUAUCUAAAGAUCCCUGGGCUUUACCAGAGCAGACCACCAAUGAAGAUGACCUGUUCCCUAGGGGCCCAAAGCAAAUGGGAAAUCUUGAAGAUCAUACUUCCACCUUUGAUAAGAAAGAUAAGUCUGCAAACAAAGGAACAAAUGAUCCAUUCACAAAGUCUUCCGAGAAAAGCAAAUCACCGAAAUCAGAGAGUGGUAACCAAUCACCCAGCUUCACUGAACAAGCCAGAGCCUCAUUUAAAAGAAAUUUUUCGCUUAGAAAGAAAAAUUCAUCUCGCCAAUACACAACUACUGUAAAAGCUGGUACAGAGAAUACAAGUUUGGCUAGAUCAGUUUCUCAGUCUUCACAAGAUGCAGAAGAUGUUGAGCUGACUGUAACCAGUGUUGCUCCACCAAGCAGAACUGAUUCCACUGUAGUAACAUCUGAAUCCCCUAUAGGGGGCAAGGCGACUUUUCGCGCUUGGGUCCCAUCAUCAGAGGCUCAGACAGUUGCUCUGCAGAAUGGUAGUGGAAGUGCGGGUUCUAAUUCAAGAAGGCCUCACCCAGUGAAACCCAUGAGCACCGAGAGCCAGUCUUCCAGUGUUAUCGCUGUGGGGAAAGACCCAAAGACUAUCACCAUCAAGGAAAUGGCUGAGAUGUCAAAGAAUGUAGAUAGCGGCCCGUACACUCAGCUCACACAGGAGGAACUGAUCACACUGGUGGUAAAGCAACAGGCCGAACUCUCCAAAAAAGAUGCCAGGAUCAUGGAGUUAGAGGACUAUAUUGAUAACCUGCUAGUUCGCGUCAUGGAGGAGAAGCCAGCCAUCCUGUUUUCACUUCAAUCCAAGUGUUAGGGUUUAAUCCUAACAUCUGAAUAACUGUGAUCGCUAUACUGAGACGCUUCAAUAUUGUAGGACUUGGCCGAUGUAGCCAAAAGGAUUGUAAACGCAAUAUCACAUCUCAUAAUCAGUUGAUUUGCUUGACUAUAUAACGCAUGUAAAGUUGCUGUGCACACAACUGGAUGCUGGGAUAUUGUUUUUUGUUUUGUUGGAUCAUGCUACAAUCUCCUCCUGAGAAGCUUCCCAUCAUAUUUAUUGAUAAUCUCGUCAAUUUUUGUGCAUCUUUCCAUUUAAGAGAAGGCUUUUUAAUGCAUUAUUUAUUGCAGUCUUAAGCUUGUAUUUGAAGAUUUCCCUUCCUCCUAAAGCGAUUUGUGUUUAGAUCCUGACUGCUGCCUUGAGUCUUGAUCAGAACGCUUCAUUAGUGUUAAUGCAGCCUUGUGUCUUUUGCGGCUCAAAUCAAGGGAAUGAUCCUCUUACUUUUUAGAAAUGACAACAAUAAGCACUUUUUACUUGUACCGGGUGUUUCAUUUAUUAAAGAUAGUGUUUUUUAUAUUAAGUAAUUCUCUAAAAUACCCUGUAGAAUUACCUCUAAUGAAGAAAUCUUUGCCUGUUACGCACACUUCUGCAUAUGUAAAGCUCUGCUGGUGUUCCAACACUGGAAUUCUUUGAUAUUUCCCUGGUCAAUAUUGACUACAUGUUUCUUUUUGCCAGCUCUUGAAUCAGGCAAAAUAUUUCAAGCUACAUGUCAAACUGCAUGUUUGUUUUAUAUUGUAGCGGUUUAGACCAAGGAUUAUUAAGCGUUCUUUGAAGCACAAUGUACAUACUGGGACUUUCUGCAGUUCUGUGACGGACUAGCAAUAACUUUUUCGCAGGAUUUAGUUUCCUGAACGGCAGGUAAUGCAGUACUUUCAUCAAACCGGGAUCUUUUGCAACGUAUCAUGUAGCCUGUUGAGGUCAGUGUUUGUCUGUUGUAAAACCAAAGAUCUGUGAUGUAAACCUGAAGUCUUACCUGACAGUACUCAAAACCUUCUCAUGGUUUUAAUCAGUGAGUAAACCGUUUUGUUUAACCAUUUUAAUGCCUAUGGCGAGAGAAUAAGUCCCUAUGACAAGGAUGGAGGAAUUAACUGUAUGUCUUGUUGAAUCUGUUGUCAGUCUCAGUUUUCUGUGUUGCGGUUACAUAUUCAGUCAUGAGAACCUUCAGAAGAGCUUCGGCUGUGUUCAUUCAAGCAUUGUCAAUCAGUUUGAGUGAGUUUCACUGUCAUUAGGUUCUGCAGACUCUAAACACUCCUUUAUAUCUGGAUUUGAAUGAAAAGCCUUAUUAAUUAUUGCUGAUGCUAUGCAUAUAUGCACAAGAUAUAUUUUCUAGACCUGUGCCUUCUCUAUGACAUUAAGACAUGAAUAUAUUGGUUUGUUCCUUUACUUCAAUACUCACAGAAAUGUAAUUUUGUUUAUGCCUCAAUUCAUUUAAUAAACUUGGCCGAACCCAUA